AUGGGUAACGUACAUAACGGAGUGCGAAUCGUCGAAAAUCCGAAUGAACUCUAUGAAUACAAUAAAAACGUCCGACCACCUCAUAAACCAGUACCAGCCAUAUCUCAUCCAGCCAAAUUGCAUGAAGAAUGUAACACAACCAAAGAUAUACCAUUAGAUCUUUCGUCAUCAUUGGGUCUUGACUAUCCAGCUAGUUGUCCGAACCUUCUCGCUGGCUAUAUACAUGUUAAAGCUAACGAUACAUUCAAACAAGAUUGUGUUCUAUGUUGUACUUCUCUUUGUCUAUAUGUCAUUCGUGGCCAUGGUACAACGAAAAUAUUUGACGAAGGUGCAGUAGCUUGGUCCAAAGGAGAUGUUCUGGUAAUUCCCUAUCAAACAAGAGCAUUGGAACAUUCAACUAUAGACGAUACGGUUUUCUAUUAUGUUCACGAUGGACCACUAUUGAAAUAUCUCCGAGUAACGCCGUCGAGUAAAGCAUUUCCAACAACUGUUUUCCGAGAGAAACUUCUCAAAGACAAAGUUGAAAAUAUCCGAGAGAAACCUGGUAGUGAACAUGCAAAUCGUUUAGGAACUUUGAUUGGUAAUCCAGAAACAAGUGAAACGAAAUCGUUAACUCAUACAUUAUGGGCUUUAUUGAAUGUUCUACCUGCUAAUUCCAUGCAAAAGCCUCACCGACACAAUGCUGUAGCUUUAGAUCUAGUGACAUAUGCACCGGAAGGAAAAUGCUAUACACUAGUAGGCGAUGAACUAGACGAAAAUGGUCAAAUUAAGAAUCCAAUACGUCUAGAUUGGGAAUCUGGGGGUGCAUUUACCACUCCACUUGGCUUAUGGCAUUCGCAUCACAAUGAAUCGGAAGAUGAAGACGCUUGGAUUCUACCGGUACAAGAUGCAGGCCUUUCACUCCAUCAAGGUCUAUAUGAUAUUCGAUUUGCUGAUGAAGAAUGGAAAUAUUUACAUGAUAAGCACGCAAUUAAAAGCAUUAUUUAUUGA